AUGGCUUCCAUUGGAGAUUUUGACCCUGUGCACACCAGCGUCCCAGCAACUAAAAUAGAGAUCACUGUUUCAUGCAGAAAUCUACUGGAUAUGGACACAUUUUCAAAAUCUGACCCUGUGGUUGUCCUGUAUCUGCAGGGGAUCGGGAACAAGGAAUGGACUGAGUUUGGCAGGACGGAGGUGAUCGAUAACACACUCAGCCCUGAUUUUGUGCGGAAAUUUGUGCUUGACUAUUUCUUUGAAGAAAAGCAGAAUCUGCGGUUUGACGUGUUUAAUGUGGACUCCCGGAGCUGCAAUAUAUCAAAACAUAAGGAUUUCUUGGGACAGAUGUUUUGCACUUUGGGAGAAGUGAUUGGAUCACAAAGAAGUCGUCUAGAGAAACCGCUCACGGGGAUUCCAGGAAAGAAAUGUGGGACAAUUAUUCUAUCAGCAGAAGAGCUAAGCAAUUGUCGGGACAUUGUCACCAUGCAGCUCUGUGCUAACAAACUGGACAAGAAGGACUUCUUUGGAAAAUCUGACCCAUUCCUUGUGUUUUACCGCAGCAACGAGGAUGGCACGUUCACUAUUUGUCAUAAGACAGAGGUUGUGAAAAACACACUGAACCCUGUAUGGCAACCGUUCACUAUCCCUGUGCGAGCCUUGUGCAACGGCGACUAUGACAGGACAGUGAAAGUGGAUGUGUAUGACUGGGACAGAGGAGGAAGCCAUGACUUCAUCGGAGAGUUCACCACUAGCUACAGGGAGUUAUCACGAGGGCAGAGCCAAUUCAGUGUGUAUGAGGUAUUAAAUCCAAAGAAGAAAUGCAAAAAGAAGAAAUACAUCAAUUCUGGAACUGUAACCCUAUUGUCCUUCAAAGCUGAAUCAGAAUAUACAUUUGUGGAUUAUAUCAAAGGAGGAACACAAUUAAACUUCACAGUAGCCAUUGAUUUUACAGCAUCGAACGGAAACCCUUCACAGCCCACCUCACUGCAUUAUAUGAACCCCUACCAACUGAACGCAUAUGGAAUGGCACUUAAAGCUGUUGGAGAGAUUAUCCAGGACUAUGACAGUGACAAAUUAUUCCCGGCAUAUGGCUUUGGUGCCAAGAUCCCACCAGAUGGCAAGAUUUCCCAUGAGUUUCCGCUGAACGGUGAUGUGGAGAACCCAAAUUGUGUUGGUAUCCAAGGCGUACUAGAGGCGUACUUUAAAAGCCUGCGCACUGUCCAGCUUUACGGUCCCACCAACUUUGCAUCUGUAAUUGACCAGGUUGCCAGUGCGGCAGGUCAGAUUACAGAUGGGUCUCAGUAUUACGUUCUUCUCAUUAUCACGGAUGGAGUAAUCUCUGACAUGGCCCAGACCAAAGAGGCGAUAGUAAAUGCUUCCUCAUUACCGUUAUCCAUUAUCAUAGUUGGGGUUGGUCCAGCAGAAUUUGACGCUAUGGAAGAAUUAGACGGAGAUGAGGUUCGAGUUUCCUCCAGAGGGCGCUAUGCUGAAAGAGAUAUUGUGCAGUUUGUACCAUUCCGUGAUUAUGUUGACCGUUCUGGCAAUCAAGUCCUCAGCAUGGCCCGGCUUGCCAAGGAUGUUUUAGCUGAGAUUCCUGAGCAGUUCCUCUCCUACAUGAAGUCCCGUGAGAUUAAACCCCGCCCUCUGCCACCAUCGGCUCCUAUGCAGAACCUUCCCUCGCACAUUUAAGUACCUAUAACACAAACCAUUCUCCACAGGAUGGGGACUCUUUCUUCCAUUUAAAGACAGGGUAAAGCUUUGAAUUCCCAAGAUCCCUACUCCCUUAGCCUGGCAUCUACUUAGUAAUGGGAUAUCUCCAAUAAACUAGCUGAAUCCCAUCUGCUUGGGGAGUUUUAAAGUGAUCUUGGGGCUCUCAGACUGGAAAAAAAACCUCUACUGGUUUAUGCAAAGAGUGGACCAUGCAUGAUGGCAACAUCUUCUGAAGGUCCAACAAAGAACAAGCUGAAACAAAACACUAACUGAGGAUGCUGAUGCUGGUGAAUGCCAUAGAUGAAGGCUGUGGAAUUCCUGCACUUUGAAAGUACACAAUGCUAGGUGACAAAUGCUGUACAGUAUUUAAGAACAUUUUUUUCAGAAUAUUAUAAAAAUAAGACAUUUUACAUUCGUGUCCAGCAAGGAAUUGUAUACUGUAGACCCUUGUCUGUCUUCAGAUAUCUCCAAUAAUCCUUUGUUGUAUUCCUCUAACUAGCCAAACAUAACCUUUGUAAGCUAAAUUCUUCUUAUGUAGUCUGUUAUUAAAAUGAUAGGAUGGAUAAAAUGUGGAAAAAUUAUACUGCCUCUAAAAGAUAGUUUCAUGUCCCAAAGACAGCUCAUUUUGAAAUGACUUGUAUAAUAAAGAUCUAUGAAUCAAAA